UGAGGUUGUGUUCCAAGUCUCAAGGAUCUCUAAUCCACAAACAACCAAUAAAACAAAGCCAACUCACCUUCAAAAAUCUACUUCCCUUCAUUCCUCCUCACUCAUUUCCAAAUCCACUCCCACUUCUCAUCUUUUAGAUAUUAGAUAUUCCAAAUCCAAAACCUCCAAUAUCCACAUAUACACCCAACCAACAUACACACAAUUUGCAAUCCAUCCAUCUCCAACACAUUAUCUCUCAAGAAAAUGGCUUCAACUCUCUUGUCAGCACCAACUUUCCAAGGUCUCAGACCUCUCAACAAACCCACAGACACCUCCCUCUUCCUCCACAAAUCCUCCACCACCUUCAAACCAAUCACCAAAAAGACAAACUCAAACCUUGGUGGCAUCAAAGCUGAACUCAACCCAUCCAUUGUCAUCAGUUUAAGCACUGGUCUCUCACUUUUCCUUGGAAGGUUUGUGUUUUUCAAUUUCCAGAGAGAAAAUGUAGCCAAACAAGUCCCAUCACAGAAUGGGAUAUCACAUUUUGAAGCUGGAGAUGUUAGAGCUAAGGAGUAUGUAAGUUUGCUUAAGUCAAAUGAUCCAGUUGGAUUCAAUAUUGUUGAUGUUCUUGCAUGGGGAUCUAUUGGACAUAUUGUUGCUUAUUAUAUUCUUGCUACUUCUAGCAAUGGAUAUGAUCCUAGCUUCUUUUAGAUGAUCAACUACAAAAAUAUAAUUAUGAUGUAUGUUUUUUUUUUUUUAAACUGAUUUAUGUGGAAUUUAUGUGGCUUGCUUUUA